AUGCUGGAUAGCGUUCAUCCUGCCAGAGAGAAGAAGAAGAAGAAGAAGUGGAAGAAGAAAAAGACACAUCAGCGAGCGGCUAAAAGAAAAUUUCAAACGAUGGAUGCUAGGUAUAUCAAUCUAGGAGAAGAAACAACGAUAUUGGAAGCUGGGCUUGGGCGGAAGAGGCUGGAAAAGAUGAAAAGCCUCACGGUAGCUGGUGCAGAAAACUUAAAGAGCCAGGUGAUUGUUUUUGUGUGUCAUGUGUCGGAGAGCUUUUAAAUGGCAGCAGUGCGAAAAAGUUUGGUGAAGUUGGAAAGAUAUUCACAGAUUCAGACUUCCAGGAUCAAUAACUCUGAGACAAAACGUUGUCUAAACACAAAUGAUGCCUUUUUCCCAUCUUGAUGGCACAGAGUACAAGCUACAAGAAUCAAAAACUGAUUUGAUCUACAAAAACAAGCCAGUCUUCCAGCUGGAUGAAUAAUACUGAUCUCUAUGUGCAGACGUUGCGAGUGUGCCAAUAUUAAUCAGUAGCUCCACUAUCAUAUUGUCUAGCCCUGUACUGUGCAUGUAAAUGAUCUGUAGGACUGUCGGUGUAUGUAUUGCUCAAAAUGCCCAAAUCUGUUUUUAGAUCGGAAGUGCUGUCCACUGCAAAUAUUAUCAUUCAGUGCAGUAGACCAGGAGUUUAAGACAAACAUCCUUUACAUUUAUAGAGGGUUAGGGUUAGGCAUUUAUACCCACCAAGCUUGAUGUGUAAGGCCCAGAUAUUUUCUUUUAUUGUGAAUUUGAGGGAUUAAGAGCUUUUCAUGAUAUUUGUGUGAUGACACAAAUGAUGGACUAAUUGCUCCAGCUGAUUUAUCCUAACGAUUUCUUCUUUGCAGUCAAGUCUCUGCAGCAUGUUGGCUUAGUAGACUAAUUAAUUGAACUGAAGAUCUCCCCAAGCUGCAUCUCUCCACCAUCUCUAAUGGGAGACAAGUGCCAGUCAAAGCAGGAGCCACACUGUUGUCCGACAUUAAAAUAGAAGCCUUCAGCCGUCUGUCUGGGGCGUGACGGGGGUUGGAAGGGUUAGCGCUCUAACCAGCAGCCACCACCUGCUUUGCUUGUUCACGCUGUCAUCAGUGCCCUUUUUUGGGUGCGUGCAGAGUCUUUAAGAGUUUAGCUAUGCCUUUGAUGCCCUCUUUGAUUUUUUUUAGGAUAUGCACAGGAUCAAUAAGGAGCACGGACUUCAAAGUGCAGGCACCCCUCACCUGCUGCUGGUCACCGUUUCUGAAGUGUUUCCAAUCACAUACAGAGACUAA